UCGGAGCUAGUGUAGCCACAUAUGCUCACUCUUACGGUCAACCACACGGUCAACUCCCCGAUCAUCUACACGAUACCAGCGAAACGGUCGCGCAAUCGGAUAGGAUUCCAAAACGUCGAGUCAGGAUGGAAACAGCUUAUGAAUACGUUCAACGACAUUGAGUUAUCGCAACGCUUCACAAAAGGCCACAUCAAGCGCAUUGAGAAAGUCACGGCAGAUGAGAAGACAGUGAGGUCAGGGGCUUCUCUCAAACAACACAAAUUUCUGAGAAGAGUAUUAGCUAUCAACUCUGACUGUUAUAAGUUAUGUGUUGUCGCUUUCUCGCAGAAUCAAAUCAAUUUCACGAAAGCAGCUAUACUUAACGGAUUGGUUGAAAGAAUUAGGGAACGGCGCGAUGACAUAAACAUUUCUCCUAUUCCAUCGCUUUUGGAUUUUUCGGAAGACCCCCAAGCGAACAACCAGCUAUCAAAAAGUCCGCCAGAACAUUGGGCCGAGUUGAAAUACGCCGAAAGAGCCGGGUUUGAAAAGGUUUUUGGAAAAUACCUACUAGAUAGGAUCAAGAACACGGAUAUGAGUAACAACUGGAAAGCAGUCGUAAUGUCCCUGCCGAGGUGGCCAGCUGAUUAUUCUGAGCCUUGUUUUAUGUCAUUGGACCUUCGCGAAGAAAGUGUUAAAGAGGUCGCGAUGGCAUUGUUCAAGGUAGAAGCUGACUCUGCUGUAACGACUGUAAACCUGCUAUGCUGGUGCGCAAAACCAAAAGUGAGAUUGUAGCGUUGCUCACGCUCUCGAACGGUCGGGUAGUCAACCAGCCGGUGCCCCGCGUUAUCAUGUGACGAGCUCUCUUGUCAUACCUUUGACCAUUUUGUUUUCGCGAUAGUUGUUGCAUUAUAUGAUACGCACGAGAGCAUGUGGCUAGAGGCGUAGCAUGUAGGAGAUCGUGUGAUGAGACGUACAGAAGAUCGUGUACUGAAA